CAGGUCGCAGGGAUAAAUUGUACAGAGAGUUGAUACCCUAAAAACAAGAUUAUACAGUGUAACAGAAAACGUCAUUUUGUUUGCCCAACCAUGACUGAAAGAUGUCAAAGAAAGUUUACAGAGAAAUUUGAUAAUCAAAAAUAUAUAAUUUACUUCGGUGUUAUAACUGUAUCACUUACAGUUUUCUACUUUUACAGAUUUUACUUUGUUACUUUAGCUCUUAGCUAUGGGUUGGGAUGUGUGGCUUGUUAUUACGGCCUAAAUUCUAGUUAUUUACAAAAAUUAUUGGACCGUGUUAUGUGCCAUUUCGAUGGAAACCCGCCAGAAGAACAGUUAAAAGAAACGUCUGUCAAAGGAUGUAACACAUGUGGGUCAAAAGAUUGUUCCCGGCAUGAUGACGGAGGUACAAGUGAGCCCUGGACAGGGCUCCAAAUACACAAACAACUUGAUCAGGCUAUUGAGGAUUUCUACAAUGCAAUAUUGGAGCAGUUCAUCAGUUCGUGGUUCAGCAAGAUCACGCUGCAGCCGUUCUUCGUGGACGAGUUGAGGUAUCAGCUGAGAUACGCGUCCGCCUGCCUACUGCAACGGGCGAUGAAAAUCGACUACGCUCGCCUUAUAACAGAUCGCCUCUUACCUUGUGCACUACGUCACUUCACAUCAUGCACGCAGUCUAUAGAGUUGGGUCGAUCAUUGCCGCUCCACCCUGCGGUCGCUAACAGAGACGCGGAGAUGAAAUACCUGCGCUGUGUCACGGAGGCAGUCAUGCCGCAUUUGUUGCGAGAAGAUGAUGUGCAAAACUCUGUGUUCCGUGUACUUAUUAGAGAAAUAUUUGCGGGAUGGGUGCUUCUGUCUAUUACGGACGUGUUAGCCGACCCCUAUAUAAUAAACACUAUUAUUAUAUUGGCCACUGGAGACGAAACUAUGGCUCAAUUACCCACCACGCCUAAUUAUGAGGUAGAAUUUCUAGAAACAUUCGUCCGCCAUACUGAAUCCGUGUACGCGGCGCGUCCCAAACUCCUGCGCAUGGAUCUAGACGGGAUCAUCUCCGAACAGAGCACUUUCUACGCGUUCGUUCAGUACAUGAAGACCACCAGCUGGCUUCAAUUGUUACAGUUCUAUAGAGAUAUAAAGUCAUUCCAAUCCCGCUUAUUAAACCCCGAGCCGUGUCAAUCGGAGUUGGAAGCGUUGAGGAGGGAAGCGUUGUUGUUGGCCGAGUACACUGAAACUGGAUUACCUCUGCGGCCCGCCGUUCUAGAAGAAUUGAGGUUGUUGUUACGGGAGGCCGAGAACGAGGAUGGUAUUAAAAAAUUACAAACUAGUCGAGCCUUGUACGAAGCAGCGAGACAGUCGCAUUCCAUAUUAGAAAAAAUUAUGCUACCCAGAUUUUUACAUAGCGAUGAGUUCUACAAAAUGAUUUUGGGUCCCAGGUUGCCCACGGGAUACCAGAAGCAAGUUAAAAUGGUGAAAAGGCCCCAAGGCCAAUCGCGAUCGGAAACAGCGGACGGCCAUACGCUGGACAGCAUGGUGAACGAUCUGGAAUGUUGCGGCAGCGAGAAGAUGGACAUCGUCAACUACCUGGACGCUCUCGCCGCGGACGAGUUCAACACGAGGCAGCACGACCUGAGGAACUACAAGGUGGUGCUCACCAACGUGGAGACCAGGCUGGUCAGUCGGUUAAUGCAUACGUACAUACAUAUGGUCACGUCCAUGUCCCGUGCGGGGCAAUACCCACCCCGCCGCGGCACCGUCCGAGUGUUCACUCUAGCAGUUCACAGGAUAGCGGAGAACAUGGACGCCAAUUUCUGGACUGUUGAGAGGAACGAACAUGACUUCCAUUUGCUGAGGAGUAAGCUGCAUGAGUUCCACGGGGACAAGAUGCUGUUGGACCUGCCUCUGCCUUCCAGGAGAGACAACAGCCCCCUAGAGACAUUACGGUACAAAUACGAGGACUUCCUCCAGCGGCUUCUGCAGAAAAGCCUGCUUCAGACCAGCGAGCUACUCCACUUGUUCCUCACAGUUGACGGCGACUUCUCAACCGUGGUGCAAGCGUCCACUCUGAACGCGAACAGCACGGAUCUGGCGAAUCUGUAUCAGUCCGUCACGUAUAAGCUGAAGAAGGAGAAGGGACAGCAUUUGGAGAGUUUCCUGAUGAAUCUUCUCUUCUCUACGGAUUUGGAGUGGUUUCAGGCGCUCAAACAAGGAACCGGCCGAGAAGUAGAAGAGGGCGUGGAAGUCAGCGAGGACGCGGAUUUUGACCCCCCCACGCAAAGGCUGCGUAAUGUUAGAGACAUACACAACAGUGUAUUUGGAAAUAAUUGGGACUGCCACCCGGAGGGUUACGAGACCAGGGAUUUGACGCAUCAGAACGUGUUGAAGGGGUUCUCGCAGUGUCUCAUGUAUAUAUUGACACGCGUGCUGCGCUGCGGCGGCUGGGUGCGGCGCUGCGCGGGCGCCGCGCUGGCCCGCGGCGGCGCGCGCGCAGACGGCGCGGCGCGGGCGUGGCUGCGCGCGGCGCUGGCGCGCGGCUGCCGGCCCGAGCGGCUGGCGCGCGCCGUCCGGCUGGGGCACAAUCUACUGUUCAACAAGAAAGUGACCAUGACCCGAAUACCGCCCGAACAACAAUGGUCGCGAGCCCACAAUCAGUUGCAGCAAGCGCUCCCCACACUGGCCACUCUGAUGAUUGGAGGCACUGUCACCGCCGCCUUGUCACUGUUACAGAACACGCGUUAUAAUAAGCAGUUGGUGUACAAUCUAUUGGAUCUAUGCCUAAUGGAACUGUUUCCGGAACUGAGUGCCACAGACAACAAGCCAAAGAGUUGAGACUGCGACUUCGAACAAAAGGAAUUAUUUAUUUGCCUUUGUACACGCAUCGACUAUAUUCCGACCACAGAAGUAGUUUAUUGAUUCAAAACAAAGAAACUUAUUUAAGAUUUUUAAAACAGAACUGAUUUGUAACUGUGUUAUUUUAGUUU